UGUCUAGUGACAGUGUCCACUCCUGCUGGAACUGUUGAUCCGAGUUGGGUAAACGUUAGCUUGUGGUUGAGGGAGUCUGUCAAUCGCUUCUUAUCUUGUUCAACGAGUCGUGCCAAAUAGUAGCACAUGCUACAAAUUGAUGCCCUGGUCAGUGAGUCCAGAUGCAUGAGUCUGGGUCAGAGCAGACAACCUGCACCAGUCCAGCCAAUCAGACAGAGAAUGGGGACAGUGCUGAAAGGGAUGAUUGGCUGAGCACUCAGACUCCAACUCCAGAGGGUUCCGGGGCUGACAGCCAGCAGCAAAACCAGGUUCCAGUCUCGGUGUCUAUGAUGACACCUCCGGUGGAGACUCUUCAGCAGACACUGCAGCAGGUCCUCAACCCACAGCAGAUCCAGGCCCUGCUCCAGCAGCAGAAAGCACUCAUGUUACACCAGCAACACAUACAGGAUCUCUGCCAGAAACAGCAGGACCAGUUCAACGCCCAGCUCCUACAGCAGAAGCAUGCUGAGAAGUCAGAGCAAGAGCAGCUAACAGCCCAGCACAUGGUCAUCCAGCAGCAGUUCUUGCAAGUCCAACAGCAGCACCUCCUCAGCCUCCAGAGACAGGGUCUCCUGUCUGUCCUGCCCUCCAUGAGCCCCUCUACAGCUCAGGGUUUAGUGAAAGGGUGUGAGUAUAGUACAAGCCUGCCCUCUGGUGGUGAGUAUCCAGCCACUUUUCAAAAGAGCCUGCUCCACAGCCAGCAGUCCACCACUAAUGGGAAUCAUAAAUCACAGCCACUAAAGAAGAAAGACAGUGGUCCUGUGGAUGAUCACUCACAAAACACUCACCCUCUCUAUGGACACGGCAUGUGCAAAUGGUCUGGCUGUGAGGCAGUCUUUGGAGACUUUCAGGCUUUUCUCGAACAUCUGAACGGUGAACAUACACUGGAUGACAAGAGUACAGCACAGUGUCGAGUGCAGAUGCAGGUUGUUCAGCAGCUAGAACUGCAGUUGAAAAAAGACAGAGAGCGUCUGCAAGCCAUGAUGUCUCACCUCAAAUCAUCUGAGCAAAUGUCAAAACCAGCAACGCCAACAGUGGAUCUUAUGCCCAACGUUGCCUUCUCCCAGGUGACAUUUCCCAAGGUGCUUCCUCCCAUGAGCUUGUCUCAAAGUGCCACUGCUCCUUCCACACCCCUGACACCUCCCCCGACCUCCUCUAUCAUCACUCCCAACACCCUGCUCACUGUGAGCCCUGGGAGGAGACGGUACUCAGACAAGUACAGCAAGAACAUGAAUCAAGAUAUUGUUCAGAAUAAAGAGUUCUACAUCAGUACGGAAGUUAGACCACCAUUUACAUAUGCAGCCCUAAUAAGACAGGCAAUAUUUGAAUCACCCUAUAAGCAGCUGACACUAAAUGAAAUCUACAAUUGGUUCACACAAACGUUUGCAUAUUUCAGACGCAAUGCAGCAACAUGGAAGAAUGCAGUGAGACACAACCUCAGCCUCCACAAGUGUUUUGUGCGAGUGGAGAACGUAAAAGGAGCUGUGUGGACAGUUGAUGAGAUGGAGUUCCAGAGGAGAAGGCCCCAGAAGCCUGCUGGUGAAGGGUCUUUCAGAAGAGAGAACACUGGCCAUGGUCACAGCUCAGCUUCCCUUACUCCUAAGCAGGAAGAGAUGAAUGCAACUCUCUGGUAUGGGAAUGGAUCCUACAGUGACAGCAGUGAAGAGCAGUACCCUAUGCACCCCCUCGUAAAAGAAGAGCUAAUGGACGAGGAGGCAUAUGAGAAUGUGCCCCAUGACUGUUCUGAGACUGAGAGCUCUGAUGAGCACAGCUCAGAUGUGGACCAAGACGAAGAUGGCGGUAGCCCAGAAAGACCCAACCUGCAGCUGGCUCAUGUGCCUUCACAAUGAAAGAGAGAAUGCAUUCCAAACUGUCAAUCUCCACUGCACUCCCACAUUGGAAAACUAUGAAAUGUACCAAAUGACUUGGUAGAACUAUUUCAUAUCAAGUGACUAUUUAUUGAGGAUGUUUUAUGCUCUGUUGUACUGGCAUCAUUUGUACUGGGUGUUAUCCACCCAAGCUCACACUGAAGACAACAGAACCUAUUAUUGUAACACCGCUUGUCCUCAAAUCAUGUAUUCGUAUUGGCUUAUUUUGAGGCAGUACAACCAAUGAUGAAGCCCUAUGAGGAGCUGGUUCAGUGAUGCAGAGUUAUGUUCUUUCUUCAAUGUCUAUUGUUUCACUCUUUCAUGAAUGUGUAUAUUUAAUAACCAGAGCAUUGGCAAUAUUUAUGGAGGGUACUUCAUGAAGAUGAAUGUUUGUUUUCUCACACAAACGUGUUUAUUUUUUACCUAUGUGAGUACCAGACAACCUGCAGAUAGUAAUCCUGUGUUCCGUUUGUGACAAGACAUCGUUGAUAAUUGGUUACUUUUACACUGCCAAAAAUAUGAUUUCCACCACCGUUCAAAAGUUUGGGGUCACUUAAAAAUGUCCUUGUUUUUGAAGGAAACACACUUUUUUUGGUCCUUUUGAAAUACCAUCAAAUUGAUCAGAAAUACAGUGUAGACCUUGUUAAUGUUGUAAAUGACUGUUGUGGCUGGAAACAGCAGAUUCUUUAUGGAAAAUCUACAUAGACGUACAGAGGCCCACUAUCAGAAACCAUC